AUGGAUGGGGUUGAAAAUGUUGGGAGAUUUGAUGAAUGUUUGAAAAGUAUUUGGGAAAGAUUAAGAACAGUUCCUUUACCAGUUCAAUUUCCGAUUGGUGCUGGCAAAGAAUUAGAAGGAGUAAUUGACGUAGUGGAACAAAAGGCUUAUUACUGCCAAAUGGGUGAUAAGGAAGAAAAAUAUCAAAUAAAAGAAAUUCCACCCAAUUUAUUAGAAAAAACUAAAAGUUAUCGUCAAGAAUUAAUCGAACAAAUAAUCGGACAAGACGAGAAAUUAGCCACUAAAUAUUUAGAAGGUCAAGAAUUACAAGUGGAAGAAAUCAAAAAAUUACUCCGCCAAGCCACUCUCACUGGUAAAUUUUUCCCGGUUUUUUGUGGUUCGGCCUAUAAGUACGUAGGUGUGAAACUGGUUUUGAAUGGAGUAGUGGAUUAUCUGCCAUCUCCUUUGGAUGUGGCCGAAAUACCAGUUUUUUCCCCCUGGAAUAAAAAUAAAGAAGGAAUGAUUAAUUGUAAUAGCCCUUUACCUUGUUUAGCAUUAGCUUUUAAAAUUGUGUUUGAUGAUUAUAAUCAAAGAACAACUUUUGUCCGAGUUUAUGCCGGAAAGAUUUCGGUAGGCUCCCGUAUCUAUAAUGUUAAUCAACGAAAAGAAGAAACGGUAAGUAGUUUAUUUCGAAUUCAUGCUAACAUAAAGGAGAAAAUUACGGAAGUGAGAGCGGGUGAUAUUGCCGCCAUAAUCGGCUUAGAACAUACUAUUACGGGCGAUACUUUUAGCGAUAAAAAAAAACCGCUGCUCCUCGAAACCAUUGAUUUUGCCGAACCGGUGAUUUCUCAAGCCAUUGAGCCCAAGACUAAGGAAGACAAGGAUAAAUUACGGGAUGCCUUAGGAAAACUAAAAGUCCAAGACCCUAGUUUUAAGUAUUGGAUAGAUAGGGAAACUGGCCAAAUGAUUAUUGCUGGUAUGGGCGAAUUACACUUGGAAGUUUCCAUGGAAAGACUAAGGAGAGAAUAUAAAUUAGGAAUCGAAAGCAAACAACGCAAAGUAUCUUACCGGGAAACUAUUACUAAAAAGUUAGAAAGUGCGGAAGGAGAGUAUAAAAAACAAACGGGCGGAAGCGGACAUUUUGCUCGUGUCAAACUUACUUUUGAACCAAAUCCCAGCAAGGGCUUUGAAUUUGUGGAUGCCAAAAAAGGUCAAGAAAUGUCUAGUAAAGACGCUGAAGAAGUAAAGGAGGGAUUAGAAGAAGCCAUGUCAUCCGGUUUACUCUUGAACUAUCCCUUGCUCGACGUCAAAGCCACUUUGUUGGAAGGAAAAAGACACACGGUCGAUACCAAACCUGGUGAUUUCAAAAAUGCCGCCGUUUUAGCUUUUCGGGGUGAUAAAGUGGAAGAAAAAGAAAAAAGAAUUCGCGAAUUAGGAGUAGUUUUAUUAGAACCAAUUAUGCAGUUAGAAGUGGUGGUUCCCAAAGAUUACAUGGGAGAUAUUUUGGCUGAUUUGGCAGCACGUCGCACUAUCAUUGAAGAGACCGAAGAAAAAGAGGGCGACAGUUAUAUAAAAGGUAAAACCCCUUUAAAAGAAAUGCUUAAAUACUCCACCGACUUACGUCAAUUAACCAAGGGCCGUGGCACUUAUUCUAUGCAUUUAUCCUGUUAUCAAGAAGUCCCUGCUGAUGUCUUGGAAGAAAUAUUAAAAGAAGAAAAACUGUAA